AUGCAACCUAAAAGCAAAAGCACACCAAAAGAGAGCGCCUGCGAACAUGUUGCAAACCAACUCACCUACAUCAUUUUGCAUUCAACAGACAGUGAAGAUGUUGGAAAAGGACCCUCAACCCCAGGAACUGAUAAUUCAGGCAGGGAAGCUGAAGGUAGCAUGACAAAUCCAGAGGAUGACAACUUCAGAGGGAUGGAACUGGAGGACACCACUGAGGAGCCAGAUAUAGACACAAGUUCUGAAGAUCAUCCAGGAAGAGUUAGAAGUAGAGCUUCCAUGUCUUCAGCUAGGUCUUCUAAAGAAAGCCGAGAGGAGAAGGCUGGCGGGAGUCCAGAGCCAGAAUCAGAUAUUACUACCUCUGAAGGGUUAACAGAGUUAUCUUCCCAGAAAACCCCUGAGACACCAUUGUCAAGCACAGCACGAAGCAAAGGCUUUCCGAAAAUAUUGGGAGGAGUCAGGAGAGAAAGCACAUCUGAAUACCAAGUAAACAGGGAGGCACUGGAUACCGUUGCUGCCGAUACGCAUCAAAAACCCUUAGGAAUAUCUGUCUCAAUGCAGACAGAUGCGAGCUGGCUUUAUGACCAUGUCUACAAGAGAAAGUAUAUCUAUGCUGUCCUGUCUCAAGACCUCAGCUGUUUAGACAUUUUGUGCGACAUGGAGUUUAAAGAAGACUUCUUAAAGCUGUUUCAGGAAUCACUGCGCACCCUCUCCAGCGUUGGACCACCAACUAUCCUAGCGUAUAGACCAGAGUCAUCAAGAGAAGACAUUCAUAUAGAGUUUGAAAAAUACUACCCAAGCAAUUGUGAGUUCUGUGGCAGCCCAUUGAGGAUCUUUCCUUCAUUUGAAAGUCUAGAACAAAUAGCUGAAUAUGGAUAUCUUUUCUGUUGCCAGCAAUGCAGAGACCUUCACGAGUUCAUUGUCAAUGAAAAAAAGCUCUACGUGAAGACUGACAUUGAGUUGAUCAACAUUUCCCCGCAUAAGGCCCACGGAACUGAGGCCGAGAGACAACAAGCCAAGGAAAGAGCUCGCCAGAGGCAACAAGAGAGACAAAUGGCCAAACAGAUUGCCUUCAUAAAAACAGAGGAAGAAAGAGAAAUCGUUCCAGUACAUUCCCCUGAAUACAAUAAACAACUUACAACAAUUUCCUUCUCUCUGUCGGAAGAGAGAACUUCUUUAGCAGGCUGGGCAAGAAUUCCUCUCCAGUUAGAUGAAGAAGUGCCACUAGGUCAAGACAUUACUUACAGCAUCUCUUGCUGUGAUUUCACCAUUGCCGGUGGAAAGUUAGUGAAAAACCAGUUCUUACAACAGUACUAUAAAAACGGUGUGAAGUUUCUUACCAUGUUUCCAGACGGUACUGCGCAAAUAUUCUAUCCAUCUGGAAACCUGGCCAUCAUUGUUGUAAAAAAGAAGCAAGCAGGCUACAUCUGUAUCGUUCAAGAAGACAAGCCUGAGAAUGCUGAAAUCCAAGCUGUGUUCGAGUCCUGUGGUAAAGGGACUUGCUAUCAUUCAAAUGGAAUUGUAUGGAUAAAUAUUACAAUUCAAGGAGGACAUUAUUCGGAUGAAGCUGGCAACAAAGUGAAAACGUGGAUCUGGCCGAACAACUUGCAGAAACGCAACCCCAGUAGUGUAUUGUUUAAACCUGUCUUUCUAGCCUUGAACCUGAAUGUCGGCGUCAGAAUACUUGGGCAAGACAAAAUAGCCAUUUCUUUUCUUGCAAUGGGAAAACAAGCAAAAAUCAACGUAGGAACAAAAGUAAAGCCACUUGCUGAUCAUCAUCCAUGGCCAAAGCACGUGUCCCAAGAUGACCUCCUGCUGUUUGCAAGCCGAAUAAAGAUUCUCCGCAUCUUUGCUAAACUGCAUGGAUGUUUAGACUUUCCUACUAACGACUGGUGGACUAAACUUCAGCUCCCUUCAUAUCUUUUGAAACGGGCUGUGAAGUUAAUAUACCUUUGUAAAGAAUGUGAAAUAAGCUCUGUCCUGGACAAAUUAAUCACAGAAAUAGUCAAUUCACCAGCCUGA